AUGGAGCUUGAUAGAAUCAGCACACUGCCAGAUUCUUUACUAACUCACAUACUCUCGUACCUUUUGAUCGAAGAUUCGGUUAAGACGAGCGUUUUAUCGAAGAGAUGGGAAUUUCUCUGUCUAAAGGUUCCCGUGUUGGACUUAACCAAACUUCAGUUCUGUCUUCAAAGAAAAGCCAUCUCCUGGUUAAUUCUUAGAUUUGUGGAGCUUAACCGUGGAUCACGCCUGGAAAGUUUCAACAUAAAGUGUUCCUCUUAUAAUAAUGUCGAAGAUAUGCGAGAGAUCACUUUUUUGGACUUUUCUCAAGAAAUUAAAAAGGUAAGGUAUAUUGAUUCCAUCUUCUAUAAACAUGGAGUUAGGGAUUUGAUAGCCGAGGCGAUCCAUCGCGGGGUUCAACAUCUAGAGGCCCAUUUGUCCGAAAGAAUGCCUCGGGUAACAACCUAUAACAUGCCCGAGUGUGUUUAUACGAGCAAGACAUUGGUGUCUUUAAAGCUUGCAAACGUAGGGCUUGAUGAGGAUCCCGAGUUUGGUGCUUCUCUACCUAAUCUCAAGAUGAUGCAUCUAACAAACAUUUAUUACAAUAGUCUUUUGAUCAUAAAGAUGCUCAUCUCAGCCUCGCCUCUUCUUGAAGAUCUUACCUUUGACUUUCCAAAGCCAAAGCCAAAGCCAAAGAACAAUGAUUUUAGGCAGGACUUUCGAAGGAGGCCAUAUCAAUACAGUCCGAAUACCGAUUAUAUCUUCUUGGAGGACUUUUCUGAUUCGCCGACGCGAGAGGAAACUGAUGAUUUUACCAAUGUGCCACAGUGUUUGAUAUCAACGCUUGAAUAUGUUAAGAUUAACAGACUGAUAAUGAAGGAGGAAAAUGGGAUCAAACUAGUGAAUUACUUUCUUGAGAAUUCAGCAGUCCUCAAGAAACUGACUCUAAGUUUCACACAUCCUUGUGUAACCAACCAAGAGCUAGAGAGCUACAAGAAGCUUCUUACAUCCACAAAGCUUUCUCCCACAUGUCAAGUUAUCUUUGAUUGA